AUGGGUCAGAUUCUUUCGAACCCAAUCAUUGACAAGGAGGUACACUCUGGCAGUGAUGUAUUAACCGCUUUUGGACUUUGCGCUAUGCAAGGGUGGCGUAUGUCCAUGGAAGACGCGCAUGUUUGCGCAAGUAACAUAUCCGGGGGUGAGGAAGAUCACGUCGCGUAUUAUGCGGUGUUUGAUGGCCAUGGUGGCUCUUCAGUUGCCACGUUCUGUGGUGAAAAGGCUUCUGAAGUACUACAAGAGAGGGCAACUUUCAAGAAAGGGCAGUUUGCGCAGGCGCUGAUUGACGCGUUUAUCGCUACAGAUGAAGAGAUUUUGAAGGAUCCAAUGUUGAGAAACGACCAUAGCGGGUGUACAGCAACAACAAUGGUAAUUUCCAAGUUACAGCAAAAGCUGUUCUGCGCUAACGCAGGCGAUAGCAGAACUGUAUUAUCUCGCAACGCGCUGGCCAAGGCUCUGUCGUACGACCAUAAACCCACCUUGGUGGGUGAAAAAUCCAGAAUUGUGGCUGCAGACGGAUUCGUGGAGAUGGAUAGAGUUAACGGUAACCUUGCCUUGAGUCGUGCGAUCGGUGAUUUUGAAUUCAAGUCAAACUCCAGUCUUCCUCCUCAUGAGCAAAUUGUCACCUGUGUUCCCGAUAUUGUGGAACACCCAAUAGAUUACGAGUUAGACGAAUUUGUUAUUUUGGCCUGUGACGGUAUUUGGGACUGCUUGACAUCUCAAGAGUGUGUGGAUCUGAUUCACUACGGUAUUAACAAGGGCGACAUGACUCUUGAGGAGAUUUCAUCUCGUAUCGUAGAUGUGUGUUGUUCCCCAACCACAGAAGGAACUGGUAUCGGAUGUGACAACAUGAGUAUUGUCAUUGUGGCCUUGCUAAAGGACGGUGAAUCCUUGAACGACUGGUUCAAGAGAAUUAGAGACAAGAAACAUGAUGCUUCCGUAUCUUUCGAGGCCCGCAGACGUUCAAUUUUUUCUUUCUACGAGUUCCCAAAGGACGACUCUGAGGUUUUCGCCAUUUCCACCAAAAAAUCUGACGAUCACAAUAACAGCUACUCUUCAAACGAUGAUGAAGAUGAGGACAUGGAUCGUCCAGAACAGGCUCCUGGCCGUCAGCAAAUGGACCUAUUCUCGUUAGAGAGCUUGUUGGGUGCCGGCGGUAUCCAAGUCACACAAGGUGGCAACAACGUUUCUUACAUCCAUGGCUCAGCUUUGUCUGAAGUACUGGCUUCUUUGAGUGGUGCCCACAGUGCAGGCCAUAGUGACGAUAGAUCUGAAGAUGAAAAGCCUGAUAAAAUCGAAGAGGUUAAGGAUUGA